UAAAAGUUCGCUGCUAAAAUAAGUAAAUUAUCUUAUUUAACGCUAACCAACAGUGCUAUUAAAGAUUUAAAACAAAAAACUGAAUAUCAGCAAACUCUUGAUUUUGAAUUCUGAAACAUGGAACUUAAUAAAAUAGCUGACCAUAAAAAUAUUCCCCAACAACAUUGUUAUUGACAAGAUUAUCUGUUUUUCUUACUGGAACAGCAUUCAUAUAAUAUAUUUUGGCAACUAUGAAUGCCAAAACUAUAAACCAAAUGUUAUUACAAUGAAAUCAGUGGUAGUGACGAAACUGCAGGCUAACUUUGUAGCAAAUGAUAUGGAAUAGAUUCCUGAAACUGGCUAUGAUACGCUACUUAUAUUCAGCAUCGAAGGACGCUUCAUUUUUCAGAACGAAAGUACACGUGUGGAAUGCAAUGUAAUCAAACACGCUGCUGCUAUUAAUUCGGCACGUUAUAGUCGAAACAGAUCAGGUUCAUUAACAGCUGCAGAUAUUGGACACAUAAAAAUUUAGUCAAGGUGCAUUCAACAGUUAUCCAAAGUUAUGAGCCAGUAUUUUGUGCAGGAUGGGUUCCUUAUUCCAUGCCAGUCAUAAUCUAUCAAGGAGAACUUUAAGUUUCAUGAAUAACGAUAAAUAGUCAACUUCUUAAGCCAACACAGAAUUUUUAAUUCAAGCAAAUAACAACGCAAGCAGCGCAGUCGACAAUAAAAAAGGCGCUCACAACCAACGUAAAGCGGCUUUUAACUCUACUCUGUGUUGUGUGGACUGGAGCAGUAAUGAUGAAAUCUAUUUUGUGAACGAUGACCGCCAAAUCUAUAAAACGAAUGCUGCCACACAAGAAUCCAUAGAAGUGGCAAAGCUGCCAGAUGACUUCAUACCAAGUGAUAUGGAUUGGUUGCUGUUAGGCCAGCGAAACAGUAGCGGUGGCACAGGAAAUGAUACGUUACUCAUAUCCAGCAUCGAUGGACGCUUCAUUAUUCUGAACAAAAGUGCACGAGUGGAACGCAAUGUAACCGCACACGCUGCUGCUAUAAAUUCGGCACGUUAUAGUCCGGACGGCGCAGGUUUAUUAACAGCUGCUGACGAUGGGCAAAUAAAAAUUUGGUCGCGGUCCGGUAUGUUACGUUCAACAGUUAUACAAAGUUAUGAACCAGUAUUUUGUGCACGAUGGGCUCCCAAUUCAAUGUCAAUCAUAUUCUGUCAAGGCGAAUAUAUAUCGAUCAAACCGCUGACGACAAAUAGUAAACUAACUAGAUGGCGGGCACAUGAUGGUUUAGUACUUACGCUUAGCUGGUCAAUGACUUCGAAUAUAAUUGCGACGGGUGGUGAAGAUCGUCGUUUUAAAAUUUGGGAUACCCUAGGUGAUAAUCUGUACACAAGUUCGAUAGAAGAAUAUCCAAUCACAAGUGUUGCUUUCAAUGCUGAACAAAAUGUCCUCUUGGUGGGUUCUUUUAAUAUGGUCUCAUUAGUUGAAAACUCUGGCUGUUCUUAUAGUAGUACGCGUUUUACGUCACCAAUGGUAGGCUCUAUUUUCACCAUGUCUUGGUCACCUGAUGGUACUCAAGUUGCUUGUGGCACCUCCAAUGGUGAUCUUAUAGUUGGUUAUAUUGUGGGUAAAGAACUCGCAUGCCGACAUUUACAUGCGACCACAAUUAAUAGUAAAACUAUUGUUUUGGAAGAUAUUACAAAGCUAACAACAGAUGUCUUGGACUUUCCAGAACGUGUUAUAAACUUUACACUUGGAUAUGGAUAUUUACUGGUGGCAACAACAAAUCAAAUUCAUAUAUUUAAAGAAAACUACAUAAAUACACCUAUCAUUGUGGAUGGUAGAAGUGAUGUACGUUCUAUACAAGCGGGCAAGAAAUUUUUCAUGGUGUUGGAUUCCACUUCAAUCUGGGUAUAUACUUACACAGGUCGCUUACAUUUAAAUCCUAGAUAUCCUGGCUCACAGGCUCAAACCACUCUACUUAAUUCUCGCACUGUGUCUCUGGGAUUGGAUAUACUUGCUAUUAGAGAUAACUCGGAUGGUACAGUACUUCAUAUAUUCGAUCUAAUUCCGGGAGCUUCACGCCAAUAUGAACCCAACUCGUUGCGUUCCAAAAAUUAUAUUACCGAUGUUGCUGCUUGUCGUGCUGGAAAUGCAGAUGACAAAUAUAUAGUAUUCAUCGAUUCGAAUAGUGAACUAUUCAUUUACUUUUUUACUGAAGCACGUAACACAAAUGGAAAUGACCGGAAUGCCAGCAAUGGCAUAUAUAAAAUUGGCACACAGGUCACUUCUGUUAUGUGGUCCAGCGAAGCCUUGAUUCUGGUUGGUGUACACGAUGCUUUCUAUAGUGUCUGGUACUGUCCUGGAGAAGGAGCGGGUGAUCCGACUAUAAUUGCGCUCACUACCGUGACAAUCGAUACACCUGAAUUGGGUAAGAAUAUGACCAUUGAAAGCUUCGAAGAUGGGAUUAUCUGCUUUCGUUCUGAGGGCGCACGUUUGACUGUGAGUGUUAAUCUGGAUUGUGUAGCUCUGCAGUUGAUGUUGUUAGAAGGUAAUUGGCAGGCUGCUCUGAGAAUAUGUCGUUCUGCAAAUAAUCCAAUUUUAUGGGCGACGUUGGCUGCUGCAGCAACGCGCAAGAACCAACUGGAUAUAAGUGAAGAAGCGUAUUCGGCAGCUUUACAAAUAGACAAAGUCACUUAUUUUCAGUACAUUAAAAAUUUAACACCUUUAAGUCCAGAACAUAUGGCUGAAAAUUCUCUAAUGCUAAGACAUCUCACAGAAGCUGAAACUAUAUUGCUUCACAAUCAAAAGUAUGUUGAGGCAAUCAAUCUUUGCUUGCGUAUGCACAAAUGGCAGAAAGCAUUGGAAAUUGUGGAAAAGCAUAAGCCGAAUAUGUUGGAAAGUGUUGUGGAACAACGUAAAAAAUAUCUUAACGCUUUGGAAACAGAUGAAUGGGAUACUGCGUAUAUGCCAUUCAUAACAAAAACCAAUGAAAAGGAACAAAUAAGCGAUUAACUUGUCCUACUAAAAUAUAAUAACAAAAAAAAUAGAACAAAUUUAUGUCUU